AUGGAGUCUUCGUCUAAGAGAUUGACCAAAAGAGAGCGCCAUCCUCCAAUCGCUUACCUGAACAAGUCAUCAUCCACCUUGAAGAGAGCCCCGUCGGCGGCUUCCUAUUUCCAACCCAGCAGCCUUGGCACAGCAUCGUCGCUCUCGCCUGCCACCACGCCUGGUGGCUUGUCUCGCAGUCCUUCGCUGAAGCCCGUCCACGAAUCGCAAAACCAUCACGCCUAUGUAGAUUAUCCCAGGUCGCAGCUUCCGCAGGCCGCGCAACUUCCGCCCGCCUCGGUAGGUCCAACCUUCAAUCUGGGCGUCGUUGAGGAAGCCCUGAACGCCUCCUCCAACCGCGGCCCUGCACGAAGGCCAGCCGGCCCACAGCACACGCAUAGCGAACAGCCAGCGAGAUACCUGCGCCAGUCUCGCUCCUUCACGUCCAAGAUGGACACCACCACGACUCCGCCAUCUACCCACGCCAACAAGACGAACCGCUACAGCGACGGCAGCGGCGAUGCUGCGAAGAAGCGCCUCUCGGGCGGCGCAAAGAAGAAGGGUACCUUUUCCAACUUCAUGAGCAGCAUGCUGGGCUCGCCGCGCCGCCCAACCAUCUCGACGCCCACCAACCCCAUGCACGUUACCCACGUUAGCAUCGACAACCACACGGGCGAGUACACGGGCCUUCCCAAAGAAUGGCAGCGCAUGCUCCAGCAGAAUGGCAUCACCCAGGAGGAACAGAAGCAGCACCCCCAGGCCGUCAUGGACGUCGUCAACUUCUACAAGGACAACGCUGAGAAGACCGAGGACGACGCCAUCUGGGACAAAAUGGGCCCUACGCAGCCUCAGGGAUACGCGUACCAGGCCAAUGUCACCCAGAACGCAAACUAUGGCUCCGCACAGCCCCCCCUCAGUCCUCCACAGAGCCCGCGAUUCCCACGGAACGACCAGUCUAGCUUCGAAAACCCGCGCGCGCCCCCUCCAAUUCCUCGUAGUAUGACCUCGCCCGUUGUCAACUCGCCUCCAGUCAAUGUUGCAGCUAUGGUGCCCAAUCGCCCAGCACCCAGGCCUCCGGGUGCUGCUGCUGGUUCUGCGGCCACCAUGCCAACUAGACCUGCUCCAGCGGCUCCAAGUCCGAUAAUCACGCAGCAACAGAUCCCUCGCCAGGAGAACGACUACCCCCAACCCGCUUAUGCCCAUCCAUCUCCCUCGGGAAGCCCCAAUGGUACCUCGUCGGCAUCCCGUACCCGAUCGAAUACCACGGGAGGAACACCGCCGCGUUUUGAUUCCCCUGCCAGUUCUACCCCGAUAUCUCCCGCCCAGCAAUACCAGCAGCAGCAGCAACAGGCCAUGGCCAUGGCGACCACGGUGCAGCCGAAGGCUCCCUUGGGGAGGAGCGUUAGCCAAAGGGCUCCGCAACCAAACUACGCACCACCUGUAAUCCCUGCGCAAUCGCAACCAACGCCUCAACAGGUCUUCGCACAGCAAUCGGACCCCCAGAACAUCCCAUUACCAUCGCAACAAGCUCGUGUUGGUCCAGCGCCUCGCCCACGCCAAAGGCCUCGACAGAGCCAGGGGCCUGAUAUUGUGGCCAAACUCAAUGCCAUUUGUACCAAUGCGGACCCUAGGGAGAGAUAUCGCAACCUUAGCAAAAUCGGUCAGGGUGCUUCUGGUGGCGUUUUCAUGGCCUACGAGAAUAGCACCAACAAAUGCGUGGCCAUCAAGCAGAUGAACCUCGAGCAGCAGCCCAAGAAGGACCUGAUUAUCAACGAAAUUCUCGUCAUGAAAGACAGCAAACACAAGAACAUUGUAAACUUCAUGGACAGCUUUUUGCUGAGAGGCGAUCUCUGGGUAGUCAUGGAGUACAUGGAGGGCGGAAGUUUGACAGAUGUCGUCACUUUCAACAUCAUGUCGGAAGGGCAAAUAGCUGCUGUGUGCAGAGAAACACUGCACGGUUUGCAACAUCUGCACUCCAAGGGCGUUAUUCACCGAGACAUCAAGUCGGAUAACAUUCUGCUUUCGCAAGAAGGCAACAUCAAGCUAACCGAUUUCGGUUUCUGUGCGCAAAUCAACGAGAGCCACAACAAGCGCACAACCAUGGUGGGUACCCCUUACUGGAUGGCUCCCGAGGUUGUGACUCGCAAGGAGUACGGCCGAAAGGUGGAUAUCUGGUCAUUGGGUAUCAUGUCCAUUGAGAUGAUUGAGGGAGAGCCGCCUUAUCUGAACGAGAGCCCGUUGCGAGCACUCUGGCUUAUCGCCACCAACGGAACACCGACGAUCAAGGAGGAGCACGCCUUGUCGCCUGUGUUCAGGGAUUUCUUGGGCUUCUCGCUGAAGGUCGACCCCGACAAGCGAGCUAGUGCUCACGAUCUUCUGGUGCACCCCUUCAUCCAGACGGCUGAACCACUAGGCACAUUAGCGCCACUGGUGCAAUCAGCGAGGAAAGCAAGAGCAGAAGAGAGACGGAAGAAGGGUGGUCUGUGA